CUCCAUUCUCUAUUCGACCAUCCGACCAUUUCGACUGACACCGAUUUGAAUUAUGCUUGUGCAAGCUUAAUUUAGUUCUUCUUGUUCUUUUGCGUUUCGCUGUCCACCACCACCACUCUCUCCUUCCACCCACAUCGCUUUCUUCCCUUUUUCGCACCCUUUUCUAGUCAUGGCGACCAAGACGCUGGAAGCUCGUUUCGAGCACCUGUCCGUUAAGGACGAGAAGGAAACUGGAAGUGAUCGCACUUAUGGGAAGCACAAGGGCUCCCUCUCGACCGCCGUCUCGCUAUCGGGGCUUGGUAGUUCAUCUUCCAACUCCAAUCGGGCCCAACUACUGAAGCUGGCUCUUCAGAACACCAAUGACAACAAGGUCAACUCGAUGAAUGUUCCACCGUCGCCUGGCAAGGUCUCGCAAGGUGCAAUCGUGUCUCGCAACAUUGACGAGAACGGUGACCAGCGCAGCGCCAGCCCGCUGUACGAUCAACCCAAGUCGCUGCACCUGGGAAUGUUUGAGAUUGGCAAGCCCCUUGGAAAGGGCAAGUUCGGUCGUGUCUACCUCGCCAAGGAGCGAUCAUCCGGCUUUGUCUGCGCUCUCAAGGUGCUUCAUAAGUCGGAGCUGCAGCAGGGUGGUGUCCAAAAGCAGGUCCGUCGUGAGAUUGAGAUCCAAAGCAACCUCCGUCACCCCAACGUGCUCAGACUUUAUGGCCACUUCCAUGACAGCAAGCGCAUCUUUUUGAUCCUUGAGUUUGCUGGUCGCGGUGAGCUGUACAAGCACCUUCGCAAAGAGCACCGCUUCCCGGAGUGGAAGGCUGCGCAAUACAUCGCCCAGAUGGCAGCGGCCCUCAAGUAUCUGCACAAGAAGCACGUCAUGCACCGUGACAUUAAGCCCGAGAAUAUCCUUGUCGGCAUCCACGGCGAAAUCAAGAUUAGCGACUUUGGCUGGAGUGUGCAUGCUCCCAACAACCGCCGCCAGACGAUGUGUGGAACGCUUGACUACUUGCCCCCAGAAAUGUUGAAGCCCGGCUCGCAGGACAACUACUACAGCGAGAAGGUUGAUUUGUGGAGUCUUGGUGUUCUGACCUAUGAGUUCUUGGUCGGCGAGGCACCCUUCGAGGAUACCCCGGUUAUGACCCAGCGACGAAUUGCCCGUGCAGACAUGUCUGUGCCGUCCUUCGUCAGCCCAGAGGCGAAGGAUCUGAUUAAGAGGCUCCUUGUUCUCGACCCUGAGAAGCGUAUUCCCCUUGAUGAGAUUCAACGUCACCCUUGGAUCGUCAAGCACUGUGUGAAGGACCCAAAACGGAGCUCUGGUUCUUCCAAGGAUGGAAAGGCAUGAUGAUCUAUGCAUGACAGAUUGGUGUUCUGGUUUCUAUUUUUUUUUCUUCUUCAUUUCAGACUUGUCCCACGAUAUGGGUUUCCAGGCGUCGGUUCAUGGGCAUUAUUGGAGUUGUUUUCUUUCACGGAGUAUAGCUGGGCAGGCAUUUGCGAUAUGGGACAUGUGGGCUUUAAUCUUCGUUUUGAUUCGAUGCCAAUGCAAAAUAUGGUACAUUCCAAUCAGUUCUAUGGUACAGAGUAUUCGAUAUUCAGGGCGAGUGGAGUCGUAGACAAGAAGGAAACGGGCGAGGGAACUUGGUAUCAUCGGUAAAUUUCAUCAAAGGGCCUGGUGUCUCGGAAGCAGCUAUCCCACACUUCGUUCACCACCUGCUCUGCGUGAGCCUCAUCUCGGCAGGUCGGGCGUGCCCUCACAGAGAGAAUCGCUCUCCUCCGUACACACUCCUGAUGUUGUUGAGUAAACUUCCACUGACCGCGGCGAAAGAACUCUCGCGCCCAUCUACAUUCGCCGCUCAGGGAGCUGGCUCGGAUCUAAACGAGUCAAGAGUGAGCAAGAAAAAAGAAAGAUUUCCAAUUGAUUUCCAUACCUCUGUACAAGCAGCGUGCCGCAGGUUAUCCGUCCAGUUGACCUUGAACCGCAAGUGGUCGUAUGCGUGGACCAUCUCGUGGGCCAUGGUGUCCUCCAAGUGACCCUGGUCCUUCAUCUCAUUGGCACACAACAGAAUACCAAAUUCGGGAUCAAACCCACCAGCCUUCCGACUCGUGCAACGGCGACAAUAGAUGUUAUGGCUGUGUAGAUCACCUCCAAGCUGGCGGAUGUUAUCACUGAGGAAUCGGAUGACGGG